GAUGCCCGUCACGUAUUUGCUUCUGAUGGGCGGCAACCAUUUAUAGUCCCCUUGCAAGAAACAACUCAACGAUAUCGCGAAAUGAAGGGAAUGAAUCCGGGAUUGGGAAAUUUAAAUGGCGAUGAAUGGUAUCGAUUGCGAUCUUCUAUUCAGCAAGUGAUGAUGAGACCACAGGCUGUACAGAAGUAUCUACCGUACACCAACGAGGUAGCUGCGGCUUUGGUAGAUCAUAUCAAAAAUGAAAUGCUGAAGGGGGAUGGAGAGGUGGACAUGAGAAAAGUAGCUGGGAGAUGGGCCCUCGAAUCAGCUGCUCUGACAGUUUUCGAAAAACGUCUUGGAGCUCUUGGAAAUCGUACCGAAUGGGCAGAUAUGCUCGUUAAUCUCAACAAGGAAAUCUUCCAGCUAUCCGCACAGCUCAAGUUCGCUCUUCCCGUAUAUAAGUAUUUCGAUACACCAAAAUGGAAAAAGAUGGUAAAAUUGGAGGACCAGUUCUACAAGUAA